GACGCUAUUGGAAGAAAUGAAAAGUCAAAAAAUUUAUGAGGAUUUUCCAGAAGUUAGAGGACUAAGAGAAACUAUCAAAAAUUGCGAACAAGAAAUACGUCGCCUUCAAUCUCCAGACUAUAUAGAAAACUCAACCCGAGAAUUACUUAAAGUUUUCGAUGGUCAAGAUAGAAUUACCGAUGUAAGCAAGGGGCAGGUUGGAACCGGAAAAAGAGCCGACUUUCUGCAAGAGGUUUUAACCGAAACUGAGCCAAAAAAGCGGGACAUGGUAUUUCAUCAUGCUGACUAUGGCUUCAUUGUUGCUACUUGCGAAGGCGACAAAAUUAUCAGGAGGCUAAAAACCGAAAUAGGUGACCGAAAAGUCAGUGGAUUUGUGGAAAGGGCGAUUGCUAAGGAACUGGGAGAGUAUGAUAAUAAAUUAGAAAAAGGGCAAAAAGAAUUUCAGCAAAAACUAAUUGCUGACUAUAAAAGAUAUGCUGGCAGAACUUAUGAUAAGGAAGAUAAAAUGCGAGAAGAAGCAGGAAUAGAAGAGAAUUAA